ACUCUUAGUUCCUCCUUGAAUUGUUGCGUUUCAUCUUUUCAGACGACCCUGGGUUCCAGUGUUGGCUGUCAUUUAAUAGCGGGGUUACUUUGGGCACGUCACUUACUUGAGCCUCGGAUUCCUUCCCUUAUUUGCAAUGUGGGCAGUACAAUAGCAACUUCCUCAAAGUUGCUGUAGGAAGACCAAUAAUGUGUGUAAGAUGGCUCAGCGACUUCUCCUGAGGAGGUUCCUGGCCUCUGUCAUCUCCAGGAAGCCCUCUCAGGGUCAAUGGCCACCCUUCACUUCCAGAGCCCUGCAGACCCCACAAUGCAGUCCUGGUGGCCUGACUGUAACACCCAACCCAGCCCGGACAAUAUACACCACGAGGAUCUCCUUGACAACCUUUAAUAUCCAGGAUGGACCUGACUUUCAAGACCGAGUGGUCAACAGUGAGACGCCAGUGGUUGUGGAUUUCCACGCACAGUGGUGUGGACCCUGCAAGAUCCUGGGGCCGAGGUUAGAGAAGAUGGUGGCCAAGCAGCAUGGGAAGGUGGUGAUGGCCAAGGUGGAUAUUGAUGACCACACAGACCUCGCCAUUGAGUAUGAGGUGUCGGCAGUGCCCACUGUGCUGGCCAUGAAGAAUGGGGACGUGGUGGAUAAGUUUGUGGGCAUCAAGGAUGAAGAUCAGUUGGAGGCCUUCCUGAAGAAGCUGAUUGGCUGACAAGCAGGGACAAGUCCUAGUUCCCUUGCCCACAUGGGACCCCAAUAGAACUCAGCCCUUCCACACCAGCCCUUCCUGCCGCCUCCCUCCUGUCUGGCUCCUAGGGCCCAUGCUUAGAGCCCAGACUCCAGCCCUGAGUGCUUCCGAGCUGGUGGACUGCCCAGGGGCCGUCAGAGCAUGGUGCUGCUGCUGAUCCGGGGACCGCUGUCUUCACUCCCACACGCCUUUCAUCCCUCCCUCUAAGGCCUAUGGCAUUUCUCCCAGGAUGCGUGGUGAGAGCCCGGGCCAGCCCACAGUGUUCCUGGUCAGGCAGCCACACCUUGGUCCUCAUCUCUGGUCCCUUCCAAUCUGAAGCCUCGUGCCUGGCUCAUCUGCCACCUACAUUUCUCUUUCCUGCUGCUGUUUUGUAAAAAGAAAAAAAAGCCCAAACUAGUGGGAGUAAUAUCUAAUUAUCUCAUUUUUUGUAGGUCUGUGAUAAAGAACUUAGUCAUCCCUUCCACCUCCUACUGUGAAGAGCAGACCCUGGGUCCCACACUGAAAUCCCCUCUAGUCGCCCAUCCCCACCCCCCAGGGAGCUGCCUACCACUUUGCCUCCCAGGCAGAGGGGCAGAAAAUGAUUGAUGGGCUGGAGAGCCCUGGAGAACCUCGACUCUGGAAGUCUCAAGGUGUCUCCUUCGCUCCUUAGCUGGCCCGUUGGUUUUCUGAGCAGGGGGCUGAACUGUGAACAAGUCAGACAAAUAAAGCAAGGGUCUGCACCAUC